UUAUUUUCUUGAAAAAAACGGAGGCUUGGACACUUAUCGUCGGCUAUAAGUUGCAUGGUCCCAAAGUUCCAACCAGAUUCAUUGCACACAUGCUCCAGGCACAAGCACAAACCAAAAGCGAAGUGGAAGCAUAAAGCCUCUACUGCACUGAUUGUUUGUUGGGGAAAAAUUAGCGAAGAGAUUCGCCAGUUGCUUUCGGUCUAAUUUGGACCAUUCUUCCCGAGAGUUUGGUCCCCAACACAAAUGCAGACCAGCAGCCAACUUCCGUCCACAAGCUUCAAAGGGUAAGCAAAUGUGUGGUGUGCGGAUGUCUCUGUUCUCUGCUUUUCUUCAACGCCUACCAAAAUGUCUACCCCCAAAUUUAGUCGCCAAAUUGGACCUUCCCAAAUUAAACGGAUCUCUUCUCAUUGUUUGCAGAAGCAGAACCUCUUCCCAAAAUUUUAGCUCUUCUCAGAACUACUCACGAUCAUGUCUCUAACAAUCAGACUACACAUCACUCCCUGCAAUACCCUCAAUCUCCAUACAAACCACAAGACCAAAUUCACAAGUUACAGCACCAGAAUUCGACCAAAACACAUUUACCACUGUAACCCGUUGAUUCAUUUCGUGUAUAACAAAGCCAAAAUGCGAGAUUCUUCCAACCCAGUUGAGUCCUCCAUUCCUUUGGUCAAGAGCUCGCUGAUCGAACCGGAUGGUGGGGCUCUGGUGGACCUGGUGGUGCCUGAGAGCGAGAGAGGAGCCAAAACUUUAGAAGCUGGGUCAAUGCCUAAGGUGAGGCUGACAAAGAUCGAUGUUGAGUGGGUUCACGUGAUUAGCGAGGGAUGGACGAGUCCGUUGAGAGGGUUCAUGAGGGAAAAUGAGUACCUGCAGAGUCUGCAUUUUAAUUCAUUGAGAAUGGCGGAUGGGUCUGUGGUUAAUAUGUCGCUUCCCAUUGUUUUGGCUAUUGAUGAUGAGACGAAAGACAGGAUUGGGUCGUCGAAGAAUGUUGUGUUGGUUGCUCCUGAUGGAGAUUUAAUUGGCAUUCUUCGAAGUAUUGAGAUAUACAAGCAUAACAAAGAGGAAAGAAUAGCAAGAACCUGGGGUACAACUGCCCCAGGAUUGCCCUAUGUUGAGAAGUGCAUUACUCCGGCCGGAAACUGGCUUAUAGGUGGAGAUUUAGAAGUAAUAAAGCCUAUAAAAUACAAUGAUGGGCUUGAUCAUUAUAGGCUCUCUCCCCAACAACUUCGGAAGGAAUUUGAUAGGCGUCAAGCUGAUGCAGUUUUUGCAUUUCAGUUGAGGAACCCUGUGCAUAAUGGGCAUGCCUUAUUGAUGAAUGACACUCGCAGGCGACUUUUGGAUAUGGGCUACAAGAAUCCAAUUCUACUGCUUCAUCCUUUGGGAGGUUUCACAAAGGCUGAUGAUGUGCCUUUGGAUGUACGGAUGGAACAGCAUAGCAAGGUGCUAGAAGAUGGUAUUCUUGACCCUAAGACUACCAUUGUGUCUAUAUUUCCGUCACCUAUGCACUAUGCGGGUCCAACUGAAGUCCAGUGGCAUGCCAAGGCACGAAUAAAUGCAGGUGCUAAUUUUUACAUAGUAGGUCGUGAUCCUGCUGGUAUGGGUCACCCAACAGAGAAUAGAGAUUUGUAUGACCCUGAUCAUGGAAAGAAGGUGUUGAGCAUGGCUCCCGGCUUGGAGAAGUUAAAUAUUUUGCCUUUUAGGGUGGCAGCAUAUGACACAGUGGCAAAGAAGAUGGCAUUUUUUGACCCAUCUCGUUCUCAGGAUUUCCUCUUCAUCUCUGGUACCAAGAUGCGAACUUACGCGAGAAAUGGUGAAAAUCCUCCAGAUGGUUUCAUGUGUCCUGGUGGUUGGAAAGUGCUUGUCCAAUACUAUGAAAGUUUUCAGGUCGAGGAGGCACCACAGAAGCCAGCUGUUUUAUCCACUUAGACAUGCGACUUACUGCAAGAAUUACAAGCAAAAUUGCUCAAAGAAGAGAAAAAGGAGUUUCUGUAGGAUUUGGUGGAACACUACAUAAAUUAGUUGUAGCAAAACUGAGAGAGCUUUCUUUUGACCCUCAGAAGUUGGGGUUCAUUUUGUAACUUAGGUUGUUCCUGAGUGCUUGCUAUUGAUGUAAAAAAUUAAAUUUUUGUUAUUCUUUCAGACAAUUAUUUGUGUGGACCUGUGGUGCCAAAUAUGUAACAGAUAGAGUGGUUUUCCAAUUCCUCCUCUUGUUCUGCUUUUGCGUAGGUUGAAGGUGUAGUUGAUGUCAUCCUCUGAAGCUUGGGCUGUAUGGCUGGCAUACGAGGGUUCUGUGUAUGCCUUUUCUCAAAGAAGUUGAGCUGUAUUGUCGGCAAUCAGGCUCUUUGGGCUUGUAGUCCAACUAGCAUGUUUAAUUUGAGCUUCAAGAUUUACCACCUGCCAUGUUAAAUUUGUGGGCUAGGCCAAACGACAAAUGUAAUAAUCAUUCUAUAAUAUUAUGGGAAUGGGACUGAAUAGUUGCUGAUCUCAUUUAAGUUGAA